AUGCACCGAACCCGAACUUCAGUUCGGGUUUGGAGCCAAAUGGUUCGGGUUCGGUUUCAGGGUUCGAGUUCGGGUUCGGGUUCGAGGCCGAACAGUUCGAAUUCGCGACCAAACACUUCUACAGAAGGAUUCAAACUUGUCGUUUUGUGUCGAAUAAUUGAAAGUAACACAAAUGCAGAAUUCGACAAACAUCAACCAAGCAGUAUUUCCAAAAACAACAAACCAACAACAAGCGACCUCAAGGCAGUCAUCUGUUUGGAAAUAAUGUGUUCAUCGGAAGACGAAAUUAUGGAGAUAACAAAUGUGCUAUCAUCAUCAGAUAAUGUUUCAAAUUCAUUCAAAACAGUAGCUCUGGAUAAAGCUAUUUCUUUGUCACCAAAAGCUGGUUCGAAUAACAUUGUUACUCAAACUUCAUCGCCAUCAGCAACGCGAUCAAAUAAACGUUAUCAUUCAAAAUUUAAAAAAGAAUGGUUAUCUAACUCUUUUUUUUCUACAUUCUUACGCGAAUGUAAAACCGAUCAAACAAAAGCCAUGUGCAUUGUUUGUAACAUACAAUUCUCCAUCCAAAACAGUGGAAUUGGAGACAUCAAUCACCAUAUUCGGACAAAGAAGCAUCAAGAUUGUUUGAAAUCUAAUGAAGCUAAUCCAACACAUAGAAUUGACAAAUCAUUAAAUAUAACAACAAGUGAACUCAAUAAAUUGUGUGCUGUUGAAGGUGCUAUGGUAUUUCAUACUGUUAAACAUUCUCAUAGUUAUAUUUCACAUGCCUGUACAAUCGAUAUAAUUAAAAAAUGUUUUCCAGAUUCAUAUACAGUUAAAAACAUUACCUGUGAUAGAACAAAAGCUCGUGAAAUAGCAUGUAAUGUACUUGCACCAUCUCUUACAGAUAGUCUCGUUUCUGAAUUACAAAACGUUUCAUCUUUCUCCAUUUGCUAUGAUGCAUCGAAUAAAGGAAAUGCUAAAAUGGUUCCGUUUGUUGUACAGUUCUUUUCAAAAACUGGUGUUAAACACGGUAUUCUUGAAUUUAUCGAACAAAUGCACGAGACAGCUGAUGGUUUAUUUACAAAUAUAAAAUAUGUUUUGGAAGCGAAUGAAUUGAAAUUGAAUCAAUUAGUUUCACUUGGAUCUGAUAAUACUAAUGUCAAUGUUGGGAAUCAUCAUAGUGUAUUUGCUUUGUUUGAAAAACUUCUACCUGGUGUAAUAAAAGGAACAUGUUACUGUCACGUGCUACACAAUUCCGUGAAACAUGGGCAUGGACAUUUGCUGUUUGAUGUUGAAACAGCACUGUUAAAAAUAUACUCUCACUUUUGCCGAUCAUCUGUUCGUUCUCAAGAGUUAAAAAGAUAUUUCGAUUUCAUUGACGAAGAACAACAAGUUAUCCUUAAACAUAUUAAAUUGAGAUGGUUAAGUCUUCUACGAUCUAUCGAGCGUCUCAUUGGAGUUCAUUCGUUUGUUAAAAGUUAUUUUUUGAAUUUGCCGAGUGAUGAAUAUCCGAAAUUAUUAUUAGAAUUUUUUACAUCGAAUAAUGGUGAAUGUACUUUAUUCUUCUUGGCAAAUGUUUUACCAGAAGUACAAAAGGCAAACUUAUUAUUACAACAAAAUCAUACGACUGGUGUUAGUAUUCAUCGUAUAAUUACGAGUUUACUUCGUAAAUUAAAGAAUCGUUUACAUGAUGAUUUUUUUGGUAAUAAAGUUGCAGAAUUACUUGAAAAUUGUCCAAUUACACAAGCUGAAGAUUUAAGAAAAUCAUUUCGAUUAUUCAUUCGUACAGUUAUUGAUUACAUUGAAAAAUAUUACAAUGAUUAUAAGUCAUUCUAUCAAUCUAUUUCUAUUUUUGAUGAGCUUGAUAUCGAAAAAAUUGAAUGGAAAUCGAUUCAACAAUGUUCAACUUUAGUUACCAAUCAAACAAUUGAUCUUGAUGAUUUAUAUAAUGAUUUUAGUCAUAUUAAAUCAAAAUAUAUUGAUUUAAAAGGAAAGUUUUGUGGAAUUAAAACUCAAGUAGAAUCCUUUAUUGCUUCCAAUUUAGGCCAAUCAAAGUAUAAUACAGCAUCAACUAAACAUGAAGCAAGUUUAUGCAAUGACUGUGAUCAAGAUAAUCUUGAUGAUAGUGAUACCAAUGACGGUGAACCCGAUGCGAACGUUUAUAAACAUAAAAAAACGAAUAACUCAAUAUCAAUUAGAUCUGAUCAUUUAUGGGCUUUCUUGCUUGAUGGUGAACAUGUUCCUGAUUUGCGAAAAUUGAUUGAAUUUGCAUUUGCUAUUCCUGCAUCGAAUUCCUUCUGCGAAUCAGUUUUUAGUCACAUGAAAUUUCUAUGGAAUAACAACAGAAAUAAGAUGAAUCAUGAUUUAGUUGGAGCAGAAUUAAAGAUCAAACUCAAUACUCAUCUAACAUGCACAGAGUUUUAUGACUAUUUAUUAACUAAACCCGAUAUACUCAAAAAAAUUCGAUCGUCAGAUAAAUACAGUCAUAUUGCAAAAAAGAAACUCGAUGAUGCGGUUGUUGCUGCAAUUGUAGAGGAUGGUCGAAGUUUUGGUGAUUUUUCUAAAUCUGGAGUCAAAAAAUUUAUUCGGUUAGCAUUACCAAACUAUACGCCUCCACAUCGAAAUUCAAUUUCGAAACAAUUAAAACGUCUUCAUACUAAGCAUGUUCGAUCGAUGAUAGAUGACUUGACAAAACUGAAUUCUAUUUCCAUUACUACAGACUUCUGGUCUGAUCUCACUGGUGUGUCUUAUUUAGUAUUAACUGGUCAUUAUAUAACAGACGACUUCGUUUUAAAUUCAACAACUUUGCGCUUUUCUUCCUUUCUAACAAGACAUUAUUCACAUUCUAUUGGUACUGAAAUCGAAAAACAAUUAGUUGAAUUGAAAUUAUUCGACAAGGUUGCUAGCAUUACGUGUGACGCAGCGCCAAACAUGGUUAAAAUGUUUGAUUAUUUCUCACGUUCCGAUAUAUCUCGUAUUCGUUGUCAAGCACAUUUACUUCAUUUGAUAAUAUGCAAUGGUUUAUGUGUUUGGUCCAAUAAGAAGAAAAAGAACACCAUCGAUGAGACUUCUAUUGAUCCUGAAGAACGAUUGAGUCAGUCAUUAAAAAAGGUGAAUAUCCUUGAUGCAAGUGAAGCAAAUAUUGAUCAAGAUGGCAAUGUUACUGAUAAUGUCGAUUCACAAAAAGAAAGUCAAGAAAUUAACAGUCAACAAAAUAAUGAAAUCGAUUCAUAUGAUGCUCAAGGCAACGACGAAGAAGAAGAUGAUGACGAUCGCAAAUCAACCAGUAGCGAAUCAGAAGAUGAUUCAUUGCCAAUAUAUGAAGAUAAUUUCCAAAUAGGAAUCAAUACUGAUUCAAAUGAAGAUGAAGAUUUAGCAUCAGAGAAACCGGAUUAUCGCAUUCAAUUAGUCAUUGAAAAAAGCCGAUAUUUAAUCAAUAUGAUAAAAGACUGUUCAAUUUUAUCAUCUUUUUUAAAUAAAAUAAAAGAGCAACAUAAUCAAAGUAAUGUAAACAAUCAGAUCAGACGAUCAUUAGUUAUUGAUGUGCGCACUCGCUGGAAUUCAACUUACAAGAUGCUUGAAACAUUGAAUAUGCAUCGAGGUGUAAUUAAUGAAUUAUUUCAAAACAAAACAAAUUUGAAUAUGACAAAGCAACAGUUACAGAGACUUAGUUCUUACGAAUUCAGUAGUGAUUGUUGGCAUACGGUAGAAAUGCUCAUAAAAGUACUCAAGCCUUUCUACAGGGGUACGAAAGUUCUUAGUGGCACAGAAUACUCGACAAUUGGCGUUGCUUUCUAUGUUUAUCGUCGGCUUGAAAAAGAAUUUCUUUCUGUUUAUCGUCCAACAGAUGAUCCACUAUUAAUUAACAUGAAAAGGUGUUUAUUGAAGAAGAUGAUCUAUUAUGAUUUGCAAGAUUCCUUACAAUCAAAAGUCAUCCAAUUUUACGCAUACUUCGAUCCUUAUGGCAUGUCAGUUAUGUCAAACAAUGAAAUCAAUCUGAUUGAAUAUGAAAUCAAACAGAAACUUCGUCAUCAACCAUCAGCGACGACAACACCGAAUUCGAAUAAUACUUCAAAUACCAAUAGUGGUUCAUUCACGACAGGAAAAAAGUCCAAGAAAUCUUUGAUCGAUUACUUUGUUGAUACGUUGGACGGCGAAGACGCCAAGGAUAACCAAAAACCAACUACAACUAUGACAAAAGUAUCGAAUGAGGAAUUCAAAACGUAUAAAAAAUCAGCUGCUCAAUUCGUAUCAAUGGCAGUCGAUCGAUAUGAUCCGCUUUUGUUUUGGAAGCAGCACUGUUUUGUAUUGCCAAAUUUAGCAACAUUAGCUCAAAAGUAUUUGGCUUCUCCUAGCACUAGUGUUAAAUCCGAAUCAGCAUUUAGUAUUUCUGCGUACUACGGACGUAAGCAACGUGCUCGUCUUUCUUCGGAUAAUCUUAGUUAUUCUGUAUUUCUCAAGGACAAGCUAUCUAAUGAAGAAACUUCACACAAAAAUAUUUUAAUAUUGUUCGAUGAACAGUCAAUGAUUCGACAUUUUAGUAUGACGAUCGCAACCCGAAGCAUCCACUUCCGAAUCCGAACUGUUCGGCUCCGAGCCCAAGCCCGAGCCCGAACCAUGAAACCGAACUCAAGUCCAAACUCGAACCCGAACCCGAACCUUCGAACCGAACUCGAACCCGAACGUUCGGGCUCGAUGCAUGCCUACUCAUCUAUUUAA